AUGGCUUUCCUAAAAAUAUUAGUAUUUUUGUGUUUAUUUGCAACUGUGCAUCUACGAGUACCUAAAAGGAUUAAUACCGAAUUAGAAGCCUAUAUCGAAGAAAAGAAAGCAGAAAUUAAUCCAAGAUACAAACUACAUUAUCAUGUGACGCCACCCGUGGGAUGGAUGAACGAUCCCAAUGGUUUCUCGUUCUUCAAUGGCGAGUACCACGUGUUCUAUCAAUUUUAUCCUUAUGAUAGCCAGUGGGGCCCCAUGCACUGGGGACAUGCCUCGAGCCCUGACCUAGUAAACUGGGAGCAACUACCAACGGCUUUAGUACCUGAUGAGGAGAUGUGUUUCUCUGGAAGUGCUAUCGUUAAAGAUGACCAAUUAGUACUUAUGUACACGGGUCGUGUAAAUACUGAAGUAGAUCCUUUCUUCUACGAAUCUCAAUAUUUGGCUUUCAGUGAUGAUGGGAUUAAUUUUGAAAAGUAUGAAGGCAAUCCAGUCCUGCCUGUGGCUCUAGAUGGCUCGCCAGAUUUCCGUGAUCCUAAGGUUUGGAAGCAUGGAGAUUACUGGUAUGUAGUUAUUGGUAGUAAAACUCCAGACGAUAGAGGUCGCGUGCUACUGUAUAGAUCUCCCGACAUGAUAUCUUGGGACUUUUUAAACGUGCUUGGAGAAUCAACUGGUAAUAUGGGAUACAUGUGGGAAUGUCCUGACUUUUUUGAGAUGAAUGGAAGACAUAUACUUUUAAUGUCUCCACAAGGCAUGGAACCUGUAGGUGACAGGUACAAAAAUCUUCACCAGACGGGAUACAUUAUUGGGACUUUCGAUUAUGAAACAUUUGAAUUCGUACCUGAAGUUGACUUUCAAGAAAUUGAUUUUGGUCAUGAUUUUUACGCGACGCAAACUACUGAGAAUGACGGGAAGAGGAUUCUUAUUGCUUGGUUUGGUAUGUGGGAGACUCCUUUCCCUGAAGCUGUUGAUGGUUGGGCAGGAGCUAUGACAAUAUUCAGAGAACUAGUGUUACAUGAUGAUCGACUUCUUAUGAAGCCUGUUGAUGCAAUGACGUCACUCAGAGAAGAAACUGUUUGGGAUGGAAAAUUUGAAGAAGGUGAAAAAAUAUCUUUUGAUAAAACUUUGGAAUUGAUUGUUACUAGCGACUUAAACCAGAAAAUCAAUAUUCAGAUAACGGGUAGUAACGGUGGAGAUCAGAUUUUAUUACAAUGGGAUCCGGAUGUGCGUAAAGUUGUGGUAGACAGAGAUGGAGAUAUAAGACAAGUUGAAUGGUCUCCAAUUGAUUCAAAAUCGAUGAGAAUCUUUUUGGAUGCCAGUUCCAUGGAGCUGUUUUGUGGGGAAGGUGAAGUUGUGUUCAGUAGCAGAAUAUUUCCUAAUGGAGAAUGGCUUGUCACUAAUCUGAGUCCUCAAUCCGUCGAUGUUGUGGCCUAUAAAUUGAGAAGAAGUGUUCCGGAAUAA